UCAUUUCCGCCUCUCUCCCUCACUGCAAAACCCUUCACGUGAUCUAACAAGCAGAGAGAGAUGACGGACGAACCACCAGUCGUGGCCGGCAGGCGACGGAGCAGGGGACCUGAGGCUACAGCUCGAUCGGAAGCCUUAGAGCGACUAAAAGCCCUACGCCGAAGUGGCCGUAGAUCUGAGAAUGGCGGCGGAUAUGACGUCAAGAUUGAGACUCCGAUAUAUGACACAGUCAAUGAGGAUGAUUACGACAAGCUCGUGGCCCGCCGUCGUGAGGAAGUCCAAGGCUUCAUUGUUGAUGACGAUGGUCUUGGGUAUGGAGACGAUGGUCAAGAGGAGGAUUGGUCACUGGCCGGCUUCAAUCUAUCGUCAGAUGAAUCUGAUGGCGGCGAGCAAAACAACAGACCUAAGAGGAAAAAGACAGAAAAGAAAGAGAAGGAGACGCAACAAAAGAAAGUUAAUCCUGCAUUAUCAGCUGCGGCGGCAAUGAUGGGAAAACAAAGGAUAUCGGCGAUGUUCACGUCUACCGUAUUUAAAAACAAAGAUUUUGGUAAGGGUAGGAGUUUGGAUUGUGAAAAUAUUGUUGAUGAUGUUAUAGCUGAGUUUGCUCCGGAUGAAGCUGAUAGAGAAAGGCGUAGAAGGGGCCAACCGGCUGUGAAGAAUUUCACGGCAAUUAAGGCCGAGGGUCUGGCUGUUAAUGAUGUUGGUUUGACGGCUAAUGAUGAAUUGGGCAGGGUCAUUACAAAUAAUGGUGACAGUGUCGUUAAUUUAGGGAACAGUUGCAAUGUUGAUGAGAAAAAAGGGUUAAUCAUGGAAGUCAAUGUAAAGAAAGCAAUAUACCAAUCGUCCGAUGCGGAGGCUAGUGGAGGAGUAGCUAAAGAGGACGAAAAAGAUUUGGUUGAAGUGAAAGCAGAGCCAGCGGUGAAGAAGGAAGGUGGACAUACGCUUAAUGCGAAGAUUACCGUGGAGGAGAAGGAUCAUGCUUUGAGUGCAAUGGCUGAUUGGCAGGCAGUUAGGAGUGGUGGAAAUGAGAGUGUGGCUGGUGUUAGUGAAGAGGUUAAGAGCGGGUCAAGCUGUGAAGAGCAAUCGGAGUUUGAGCUGGACGCUGAUGGAUCGCUGCCUUUUUACAUAAUUGAUGCUCAUGAGGAGGUUUUUGGUGCUAACCUGGGUACCCUCUAUCUCUUUGGGAAGGUCAAAGCAGGAAAUGCAUAUCAUAGUUGCUGUGUGAUUGUGAAGAACAUGCAGAGAUGUGUUUAUGCGAUUCCAAAUGGUACCAUUUUUCAUACCAAUGAGAUGAUCAAGCUGAAGAAAGAUGCUGAAGAGUCACGGAUUUCACCUACUGAGUUCCGUAAAAAGCUGCAAGAAGUAGCAUAUGACCUGAAAAAUGAACUAGCAAGCCAACUAUUAACACUCAAUGUUUCAAGUUUUAGCAUGGCCCCAGUUAAGAGAAACUAUGCUUUUGAGAGAUCAGACAUUCCUGUCGGGGAGAAUUAUGUACUUAAGAUCACCUAUCCAUUCAAGGAACCUCCACUUCCAGCAGAUUUAAAAGGAGAAAAUUUCUGUGGUCUGCUUGGAACUCAUCGCAGUGCUUUGGAGCUUUUUCUUGUGAAGAGGAAGGUAAAGGGACCUUCAUGGCUGUCAGUUUCAAAAUUCUCAACUUGUCCAUCUUCUCAAAAGGUGAGCUGGUGCAAGUUUGAGAUUACUGUUGACACACCAAAAGAUAUAUCGGUUUCAUCAUCCUCAAAGAACACAAUAGAGAUUCCUCCAGUAGUUGUUACAGCAAUAAAUUUGAAAACCAUCAUUAAUGGAAAGCAGAAUGUCAAUGAAAUAAUCUCUGCAUCUCUCAUUUGUUGUCACAAAGCUAAGAUUGACAGUCCCAUGUUGGCCUCAGAAUGGAAGAAACCUGGUAUGCUUAGCCAUUUUACUGUUGUCCGCAAGCUUGAAGGGGGGAUAUUCCCAAUGGGGUUUUCCAAAGAAGUGACUGAAAGGAACACAAACGCUGGAUCAAAUGUAUUGGCCAUAGAAAGCAGUGAAAGAGCUUUGUUGAACCGUUUGAUGAUUGCAUUGAGCAAAUUGGACAGUGAUGUUCUUGUUGGACAUAAUAUAUCUGGGUUUGACCUGGACGUUCUCCUUCACAGAGCUCAGGCUUGCCGUGUACCAAGCAGCAUGUGGUCCAAAAUAGGCCGUCUCAAGCGUUCAGCGAUGCCUAAGCUUACAAAAGGAAAUUCUAUAUUUGGAUCUGGAGCAAGUCCAGGGAUCAUGUCAUGCAUUGCUGGUCGGCUCUUGUGUGAUACUUAUUUGUGCUCCCGUGACCUGUUAAAAGAGGUUAGUUAUUCCUUGACCCAACUAGCAAGGACUCGGCUGAACAAAGACCGAAAGGAGAUAGCUCCACAUGAUAUUCCUGGAAUGUUCCAGACAUCAAAAUCCCUUAUUGAACUGAUUGAAUAUGGAGAAACAGAUGCCUGGUUAUCUAUGGAACUCAUGUUUCAUUUGAGUGUUCUUCCCCUAACACGUCAGCUGACUAAUAUUAGUGGUAAUCUCUGGGGGAAAACUCUCCAGGGUGCUAGGGCACAAAGAGUAGAGUAUCUUCUAUUGCAUGCAUUCCACGCAAAGAAAUAUAUUGUACCAGAUAAGAAUUCCUCUUAUGUAAAAGAAACAAAAAUGACAAAACGGAGAAUAAAUCAUGGUGGUGAGGAAAGAAAUGCCGAAGAGCUGGAUACUGAUGAUGCCAAUUUUGAUAAUGAUAAUCCAGACAAUGAUCGUGGAAAAGGGAAAAAAGGUCCUGCCUAUGCAGGUGGUUUGGUUUUGGAGCCCAAAAAAGGUUUAUAUGACAAAUAUGUAUUGCUUCUGGACUUCAAUAGUCUUUACCCUUCUAUCAUUCAGGAGUAUAAUAUCUGCUUCACAACGGUUGAAAAAUCUACAGAUGGGUUAGUUCCCCGUUUACCUUCUGGCAAAAAAACUGGAGUUUUACCUGAGUUGCUGAAAAAUCUAGUGGAGAGGAGAAGAAUGGUUAAGUCAUGGAUGAAAAAUGCUUCUGGUCUCAAAAUCCAGCAGCUUGACAUUCAGCAACAGGCAUUGAAGCUCACUGCUAAUAGUAUGUAUGGAUGCCUUGGGUUUUCCAAUUCAAGAUUUUAUGCAAAGCCUCUUGCUGAGCUUAUAACUCUACAGGGGAGGGAGAUUCUACAGAGUACUGUGGAUCUUGUUCAAAAUAAUUUGAACUUAGAGGUCAUAUAUGGUGAUACAGAUUCAAUAAUGAUUUAUAGUGGACUAGAUGAUAUCACAAAAGCAAAAGCUAUUGCAGGGAAAGUCAUCCAGGAGGUUAACAAGAAGUAUAGGUGUUUAGAAAUUGAUCUUGAUGGCUUAUAUAAGAGAAUGUUGCUUCUCAAGAAGAAAAAAUAUGCAGCUGUCAAAUUGCAGUUCAAGGAUGGGACACCAUAUGAGGUCAUUGAACGGAAAGGUCUUGACAUGGUUCGCCGUGACUGGAGUUUGCUGUCAAAGGAAUUGGGGGACUUCUGCCUUGCUCAAAUCUUGUCUGGGGGGUCAUGUGAGGACGUAGUAGAAUCAAUACAUAAUUCACUUAUGAAGGUUCAGGAGGAUAUGAGAAAUGGACAAGUAGAACUAGAGAAAUAUGUCAUUACAAAAUCAUUGACUAAACCACCUGAAGCUUAUCCUGAUGCCAAAAAUCAACCUCAUGUUCUUGUGGCACUAAGAUUGAAGCAAAUGGGCUAUACUACGGGCUGUUCUGCAGGUGAUACUGUACCAUACAUCAUUUGCUCUGAGCAGGAGGCUUCCUCAGGAAGUAUGACAGGAAUUGCGCAGCGUGCAAGACAUCCUGAUGAACUGAAAAAAGAUGAUGGGAAAUGGAUGAUUGACAUAGAUUACUACUUAUCACAACAAAUUCAUCCUGUGGUAUCUCGCCUAUGCGCUUCAAUUCAAGGCACAAGCCCAGAGCGUUUGGCUGAUUGUUUGGGCCUUGACUCAUCCAAGUUCAAAAAUAAAUCAAGUGAAUCAAUUAGCAAUGACCCUUCAAGCUCACUUUUGUUUGCUGUCAAUGACGAGGAGAGAUAUCGGAGUUGUGAGCCAUUAAUCUUGUCAUGUCCCAGCUGCUCUAAUACUUUUGAAUGUCCUGCCAUCUUCAGUUCCAUUGGUCUGAUAAUCGGUGAAAAGCCAAUAAAACCACGAGUAAAGGAAUCUAUGUCUAAUUUCUGGCGCACAAUGCGUUGUCCUAGAUGCCCAGAAGAGGGGGAUAUGGGUAUAAUAUCUUCUGCAAUAAUAGCAAACCAGGUCAAAAGGCAAGUCGAGGGAUUUCUUUCAGUGUACUAUAAGGGCUUAAUGAUGUGCGAUGAUGAAACUUGCAAAUAUACCACACGCAGUCUCAACUUGCGGCUUGUUGGUGAUGCCGAAAAAGGAACUGUUUGCGCAAAUUAUCCUCGCUGCAAUGGUCGUCUCGUAAGAAAGUACAAAGAAGCAGAUCUGUACAAGCAGCUUUCAUAUUUCUGCUAUCUAUUGGACACUGUAUAUUGCAUCGAAAAGAUGGACGCUAACACAAGAAUACCACUAGAGAAAGAGUUGAGCAAAAUUCGACCAAUUGUGGAUUUGGCAUUAUCAACAGUUAAAAAGAUUAGGGAUCGGUGUGCUUAUGGAUGGGUACAGUUGAACGACCUAGCUGUCACAGUUUGAGUUGCUAAAUAAUGUAAAUAUUAACUGUCAAAAUUUUGCACAAAUGUAGAGUAUUUGUUGAUUCCUUGUAUGACAAUAAGUCCAUUGUAAUAGCAAAACAACUUUAAUCAAUCACUUUGGGCAUAUUGUCUAUGCCCUAAAUGAUGUUCCAAGCAUCAGUAUUAUAAAUAUAA